AUGUWWGGUGUGCGUUGGAGUGACCAAGCGGCAAAUUUCCUAGAAAUUCURUCUUCAAACGUGGUACGCGAGCCGUUGGAAAUUAUUCUAGACCAACAAGGCAAGCUAUUCGACGCAACGAARGARAAACUGMGGAAAAUCAAUAAUAAACUUGUGGAGGCUAUUGUACUCUUUUGUGACGCAGAGUUUGUCACUAUAGUAAUGGAACAGGUMCACAGUACUCGCUCAAGAACUGCUGAAAGGGCUCAUCAUUGGAUUUUGGCUGACAUGAUGCCCUCACUGUCGAUGAUUACAGAACCAUCCCAGAUUGUGUUGGCCUUUACACCAAAGAUCGAGAAAAAUAUUCACUCACAGCGCUUAAUGACUGACCUCUCAUUGAAUUUGACAGAAAUAAAGGUUUGCUACAAUCUUUGUUUUUUACUUAACAGGCACUCUUUAGUAUUAACCUUUGCGCAUGCUCUGGAUAAAGUCAUCAAAAAUGGCGAGUAUUUGCCAGAGACRAAGGUCAUCAAUGUGGAGGCAACGAAAAAUGGACGAAACAUAUUAAAGAACAUGAUAAAGGUGAACAUUUUAGGCAGCACAGGGACAAUUAUGUUUAAUGGUACGGGCGAUCGUAAAGCACUACAUUUGGAAUUAAUGAACUUAAGGCAACACACAUUUGUGAAGAUAGGAGAAUGGACCAAUACAGGACUUCAAAUUACCAGAAAAGCAGAACAAAAUAGAGAGUCCACUGAAACCGUUCCACUCGAGAAGCUCAAUAGAAAGCUGAAAAUACUCGUUAUAAGGGAUCCACCGUUUCUAAUUGUUACAAAAGACCCAAAAACUGGUCUGGAAAAGAAAGAAGGCUACAGCGUCGAUCUAGUAGAACUAUUGGCCAAAACUCUGCAUUUCAAAUACCAACUUGUGGAGCCUCCAGAUGGACAGUACGGGACACUCAAAAAUGGAACGUAUAAUGGUGUUGUUGGAGAGAUUAUAAAUAAUAAAGCAGAUUUCGCUGCAGCACCGCUGACCAUAACCUCAGAACGGCUCAAUUACAUCAAANAAAAAUCUCAUAAAAAGCAACAAAACGGUAUAUCAAACAUGUAA